UUCCGGGAGGCUGCAAUGCGAAGGGGCCGGCCGCCAGAGGGCGCUGCGGUCCGGCCGGAAAAGGCGUCUCCGCGCGCUCCUCGGUCCGGCAGCGCCUCCUUCCGCCGCCCGCACUUCCGCUUGUGCAGGCCUGCCAUGGAGAGCAGCAGCGGGGAGGAAGAGGGCGAGGAGGACUGUGAGGAGGCCUACCUCCGGCACCGGCGCCUCUGCCAGUACGGAAUCCCCUGCCGAGAAAUCAGCGGAGAGAUUUGCUGGUACUGUGAAGAAGAAGAUUAUUUUGGCUCUGAAGACUGGGAGGACUGCAGUGAGGAGCCAGAGGCAGAAGACAAGGCCCAAGGGGUCACACAGGGCACCUUCUGCGGAUUUAAGAAGUCUUUUCUUUGCAAGUCACCUUCUACCCCUCAGCAGCCAUCACAUCGCAGUGGACCAGACUGCCAACUCCUGGACAUCAUACUGCCGCGGAAGCAGCAACUCACUGCUGAGGAAGUGGAGAAAAACGCCGAAGAGUUAGUUGCAGAGGAGGAGCGGAUCAAGAGGGAGGCGGAGAAAAAAAGAGAGAAGAAGAAGCAAAAAAAGAAGAGGCAAAAGGACAGGAAGAGGAAAGAGAAGAAUGGCCAGGAGUCCAAGGAUGAGUCGGCUGGGCCUCUUUCUUUGAAGGCAAAGUCUCCAUGCGAGAGGGAUGUGGACGAUCAAGGCUCCUUGGCUGCUCUUCCAAGCACAUCAUCUGGAGCUGGACUCCUGGACUCUGAGGAGGACUCCCUGGAAGCCUCUCCAGGUGGGAGCCCCAGUGCGGAGGCAGAGGAAGAGGGGGCAGAAUCCCCAGGAGCCACAAGGGAAGAGGAGCUGGACCUGAGCAGCACUUUUGUCUCGAAAGCGCUCCUCAAGGUGGGAUCAAAGCAAUUGCUGCCCAAGAAGGAGGUGCCGGCCAAGCCUAGCAAGAAGGAGGUGGAAGGCAAAAAGAAGCCAGAGGUCCCGAGGGCCAGGCCUCAGGAAGCUGCCAUGGAGCACAGCCUGGUGCUGGCAGGUUGUGGGAAUGACACUGCAAAGCAGGGGUGCUACCAGGACGCAGUGCUUCUUUUCACGGAGGCGAUCAAGCUGAAUCCCCGGGAAUACAGGUUCUUUGGGAACCGCUCCUUCUGCUACGAGAGGCUCCAGUGCUACGCAGAGGCCCUGUGUGACGCCCAGCUAGCCCUCAGCCUGCAGCCCGGCUGGCCCAAAGGCCUCUUCCGCCAGGGCAAGGCCCUCAUGGGCCUCAAGAGAUACGCUGAGGCAGCCAGAACUUUUGAGGAGCUCAUGCGGCUGGAGGAUUUCCGAGGGGAUGCUGCCAUCCAGCUGAAGCGCUGCCAAGCCCACUGCCUGCUGGAGAAUAGCAGCUGCCUGCCCAGGUGGAAUAUCCCUCCCAGAGAAGCCCUGCUGCCCUGGCCUGGUGAGCAGCAAGGAAGGAAGCCUGUCCCAAGCAGCAACAGCAGUGCCCAGGCAGGAGGACACCUGGCGCCAUUCAUGGUCACCAACUCGCAGGGCAAAGUAAUCCAAAUUUCGGCUGCUCAGGUGCCGGCCAAGGAGUGGUUUCCGGUGUGGGUGGGGAACCUCGUCCAAGCAGUCACCGAGGAGGUCCUGCUGCGCUACUUCCUGCCGUUUGGUCCCAUCGCUUCCAUCCGCUGCCUCCCUCGGAGGUUCUGUGCCUUCAUCAACUACACACGCCGGGAAGCAGCUGAAGCGGCCUUUGUAGCAUUACAGAACAUUGAGGUGGAAGGAAACAAGAUUGUGCUGCAGCUCAAGCACCCAGUCCAUGCCACGCCACCCCCCAUCAAGACUCCUGGGAGCAUCCGUCAGCCGCCAAAGGCAUAAUCAAGGGCCUCUGGGUCACAGUGGCUGCCAAAGCUAAGGACCCGGUCCAGUCGUCCCUGGCUCUGAAGUCUUGGAUACUUUUCUUGUCAGAAAAGACGCUGCUGGGCUUUGUGCAGGGCUGUAGUGGGGAGGGGGGCACAGGUGUCCAUUGUCUCCUGCGUGGAGGGAAGCCAAAGACGAGGCAUCCACAACCUCAGGAAACUUGCUUACACGGCGGGGGGAAGUUGGGGUGAGUUGGCCCCAUUGCUGCUCUGCCCCCUCUGCCAUGCUUUGGUUUAUAUCAGAGCAAGAUGGGAGGGUUGGAAAUGGAGUCUGGGCACAGCAGAUGAGUCCUUCAGUUGCCCCAGUUGGGGGGGGGGGGGGGGGGGUUACUCUCAGGGGCCCAUUGGGUCAGCAUAGGGGGCAAGGCCCCCGCAGCCUCCUUCCCUGGGGCAGGCAUACCUCAAACCCCUCCCUCGACUGCCUGUCUCUCGGGGCCUUGGUCUCUGUCAAUGCUGACAUUGCAGGGAUCCUUCUCCCAAAGGUGCCUUGAGGGCAGCCGGAGCUGAGCCCACCGAGACUUUGCCAAAGGCCUUCUGCCACAAACCUGCUGGAUCAUUUGGGGAAGAGAGGGCUUUGCGAAUGUGGUUUGGCUCCGUGGGGGGAACAAGGGCAGUUUGGAGUCGUGUGGCGCAAUGCAUACUGUAUCAGUGCAGAGAUCGGGACCUGUUGCUGCCAUGUUUUUUCUACACUGUUCACAAUAAAUGUACUAAAAAAGC